UUAGCCACAGGGGGGGAUGAUCACCUACUAUUUUAUUUAAUGUGGCCUUAAAAUAUUAAUAAUAGUAACAACUGCAUUGCUUAAGUGCUUAAUACAAUUAAGUACCUAAGCACUUUUCCAUUCCAUUGUGAAACAACUUGCCUGGGACAUUUUCUGGUUCAAUUUCUCAUGCUGAUUGAAUUUGAAUUCAAAGAAAAAACAAAGUGAGGUGAAGUUUAUUAUGGAUAAGAGUUCAACAUGUAGAGACAUCACCAGUUUCCCCUUGCAGUAGUUUAUUAGCCAUCAGAGAGUGAUGAGAUUCCCAAAAAGUCAAAGUUAGCACUGAAAAUGUUAAACCAUUGACUUAGAAUACAGAAAUUUGCAGAUCAGUCCCAUAGAGGUUGUACACAGGGUAGCAAAUGAUGUCCAGAUAUGGAACUCAUUGGGAUGAAUACAACAUGUCAUGCACAGUACAUGUAUGUGGUGGCUGGUAGACUUGUAGAACUCUUGCCCAAGAGGGAGCUCUACAGUAUGUGGUGGCAGGGUAGACUUGUAGAACUCUUGCCCAAGAGGGAGCUCUUCAGUGUGUGGUGGCUGGGUAGACUUGUAGAACUCUUGCCCAAGAGGGAGCUCUUCAGUGUGUGGUGGCUGGGUAGACUUGUAGAACUCUUGCCCAAGAGGGAGCUCUCAUUCUGUUCAGCGUGUUCACGUCUAUAGCAGAUUUUGUUGACCGAUGAUAAGUGACAUGAACACCACUUCGUAGCAUCAUCAUGUACAGGCUUCCAGUUGUUAUCCAAGGUCACCAGCGAGUGGCCAACAGGCUUCGCACGGAAGACGCCAAGAAGGUUGUGGAGAAGGCCUUCCAGCAGCUCAAGAAACAGCCAGACCCGAAGGCGCGUCACCUGGACCACCUCCAAACUAUCUCCCAGGGUGUCCAGCGAGAGCAGUUUCACACGGGUGGACGCUACCCGGCCAGUGGCAAGGCACUGUUUGGGGAUGCCUAUGAAGAGUGGUCUGAUGAUAUGGCCUGCAUAUUGCAAGGCACUUGCCUCCCCGGCAGUACCAAGUACUGCCGGACCAAGUCCAUGUUUGGAAAACUGGAACAGGGGGACGUUAUGCAGGGAACAUUAGGCUCUAAGGUGCGUCUGAUGUCCACCUUGGGCCUGGCAGCGGCUCCGCAUUUCCGCGGAGUCCACACGUUGGCCGCCCCAUCAUGCGUUAAACCUCAAGCGAUGCCCCUGAAGAAUGCCCACAAAGGAGAUGGCACUCCUGUGAAUGUGCGCAUGAAGUCCGGACUCCCCCGAGAGCUGUGGAAUGAUGAGAUUGCGUGUAUCCUGCAGGGCACCUGCCUGCCCGGCAGCACCCGCUACUGCCGCACCAAGUCCAUGUUUGGCUCCCUGGAGUUGGUGGACGUCAUGCAAGGGGUGCCACGUCGGUCCUACAGCACCCAGCCUUCGUCCAAUGGUAACCCCUCACCCGAUGCCAGUGCCCAGCUCACACAGCGACAGCGGCUGAAGCGUGCUGUAAAGGACUAUGGCUCAACUGUCAUCGUCUUUCAUGUCUGCAUCUCACUGAUGUCACUUGGAGGAUUUUAUCUUGCCGUCUCCAGCGGCCUAGAUGUACCGGCUCUCUUGACUACCAUCGGGUUCAGCUCAGAACUCGUCGCUUCUCGCAUUGCCACUGGCACCAGCACAUUCCUGAUGGCCUAUGGCGUUCACAAGCUGUUUGCCCCAGCCCGGAUCGCCGUCACCCUGACUUGCACGCCGUUCAUUGUACGCUACCUGCGUGGUGUUGGCAUCUUGAAGGUGAAACCGGUUACACUUGGUAAAUAAAGGAGAACUUCUGGAUGUUUUUCUUUCUUUCUUUUGUUUUUUGCUGUAUAUAUUUUCCGGAUAAUGUGCAUCUUACUCAGCAGUGGCACAAUUGAAAGCAAGUACAUGUAUUUUACAAGUUUGAAUGUUGGCAUUUGAAAAUCUGUCCACAUGGGAUUGUGUGUCUUAGAAAAGCAUUUUUGUAGAUACAUGUACCGAUACGUGUAAAAUCCACCCCAAGCUGAAGUGCACCCCCAAUUGGUGAAAGAGACAGGUAGUAAUAAGCGGGUUCUUGCACGUGUUUUGCGUAUGCGCGAAGACCAUACAUUCCAGAAUAAAUGUCUUACGAGCACUCAGCAUGCUCCGCGAAUGUAGUUGCGCACCUCAUGGCGUGCCUAUUUGGUGAGUACCAAAAAAGCACGCCCUCUUUUGUUCCACUCGGAGCAGAAAAAGAUGGAUGCAUAAGCCAGAUUUUUGGAAAAUCAGGGGAAGGGAAUGACAACAUCUUGAUUUUAAUUUUGUGGUGUUCAGUAAAUUGUUGAUAGUUUACCACGUAGUGAAUUUUAAUGGAGGGAUUGCACUUCAUGUUUUUUCAAUGGUUGCUUGCCAUGUUAAAGAAACCUUUACCGAGUACCAGCUGCAAUGGGUUUAUAGGGCCAAAUAUCAACUUUUUUUCUUGGUUAUGUUUUGUUUGUAGUACAUGUAAUAUGCUUUGUCUUUAAACUUAGAGAUCAACCAAGUUUUAUUGUCAGACUGAAAAAAGUUUGCACGGUGGAUUGUUUUUGGUAGAACCAGUCGUGUUUUGGCUUAUUGGUUCAGGAGUCCAGUCCAGCUUGGAUGGAUUAUUGUGUUCCUGAGAAAUACUUAUACAUGUACAUACACGUAUAUCCUGGAUAAGUGAGCUUUCUGAGGAACACAUGUACAUGUACAGUGCUUUGAUUUGACAACUUUAACAAAAUAGUUGUGAAUUCAAUGCCAAGCACAAUCUUUAAAGAUGCUACAAUGUUUCUGUGGGUUAAUUUGAGGUGCCAAUAAUCAUUUUUGAAAUAACUGAAUCCAGCGACUUCUGCGCUGUAAAAGUUGGAACCCUGCUAUUUUUGAAUUCCCAGGAGGUGGUCAGUGUUCCAUCUUGUCCUUAAUUGACUAGCAUUGGUGAGAUAUGUUGCAUUGAUCUUGCACGAGGUCAUUGCCUACAAACUUGUGCAUUGCACUUCAAGAAGAAUUCCUCUUUACAUGCAAAUAGGCCUGAAAGUGUAGAGUAAAAACACUGAAGCGAAGGUCACAGUUGUAACUAGUGAACUUUGAUUUACACUGAAAUUUAUCAUCCAAGGUGAAGUUACAGGUAUAGCACCAAAAACAAGUUUUAGCCACUUUGCAGUUUCAAUAAUACAAAGCACAUUUAUUAACCAUGUGUAAAGAACAGCUUGAAUCUGAAUGCAGCAGAUACACCUGUCAAUAAUCCUCCAGUAGAUACAUUAUAAUAUCAAGCGAGAGUAAAUACAUCUUGCCUUUUUAUGAUCAGGGCAUUUCAAGAUGUAACUUCAUGUACCUGUAUAAAGAUCAGCAGAAAGAAAGUAAACUCUGCCUGUAUGCAGGGACAUUUAAUUGUAAUUGUAAAUAAAGCCACAUUGUAAAGCAUUGGGAUAAUGUACAGAUUUGAGAUCAAGUAGAGAUUUAUGCAUGCAUUCCCUGAUCUUGUCUGUCAUCCGAGGUUAAGAAAAUUGUACUUUCACAAACAGCUGUGAUCAAGGAAUGAAAACACUUGAUCGAUAUUUUCAACUUCAUUAUGAGGCAGUUUUAUACAUGCCUCCCUGUGAGUUAAUGUGAUUCAUUUAACAAAUGGAGAAGAAACAAAAUUGUACAUGCACAUAUGAAUUAUUGGGCUUUGAGAGAAAAGUUAUAACAUUUCAACCUUUUUCAUCAGCAAAACAACCCUACCAAUAUUUUCGGCUCCAAAUAUUCUACUUAUGUAGCCCCACGGGGACAGAUUCUGCAGCCAAAGAGAUCGUGAUCUUUACAGAACAAAUAUCAAAGAUUUAUUGAACCAAUUUACACAUACUGAUCGGAAACUUUGCGCUGAUGCUACAGUGAACAUGGUACUCGGAAAAUAAUUAAUUCCUGCAAUGAUAACAUACAUACAUUGGACACUACAUUACCGGGAACAAGAAUUUCUACAACUAAUGUGUACUCGCCACUAGUGUACCGUUUGAAGAGAGUUAUUUAAUAUGUGCCUUCAGAAUCUUUUGCUCUUGGUCUUUUUCUUUCAAAAUUAAAGAGCGCUUUUCUUGCUUUUGUAACUAUUUAAGCUUUAAGGGCACGUGUUAUGUUUUCCCGGACAGUUUCCUUGCACAUUUAAGUCAAGCCUGUUUUUUAUAUAUACUAAAAGAAACAUUUUCAGAUGUGAAAUUUGAACAAAGUUGCAAAUUACUCAGAAAGAAAUAAAUUAAUAUGUAGUUUAUCAAGUGUUUAUGUUCCCUGUUGCUUAAACCCUUUCCCAUUUUAAGAGCAUACAUUAUACAUAACACAAAUCUUUUCUAAAUUUUACAUUAUAUAACUGAAGUUUCAAUUCUUUAAAAUCAAAAUAUCAUGUCACACUUUAUCACAGACAGGCAUAAACACAAUCACAAAAGUUAAAAAGGAAACCGUUGAUAUUAAAUUGAAAUUAUUCUAUAUUUGAAAUAGAGUGGCAUUAUAAUUUUACCAGCA